AUGGAGGUCCCUGCAGGGUCCUCUGCUGGGCAGGAAUCCUCCUCUGCUGUGCCUGCUCCCACAGCUCUUCCCAGCGAGCCCCAACCAACCCCAGCAAAACCAGUAGAGAUCACGGUGCUGAUGGCACAGGACCUGAGAAGUCUCAAAAGUGACCUGCAUGUUACUUCAGUGCACGUGGAGUACAAUGGAGCCAUCCUGGGAGACUCCUCCAGGGUUGAUGUCCUGCCAGAUGGGACAGCAAACUAUAAUUUCACCACCAGCUUCGAAUGUCACCCCGAUGGGCCCAACUCCUUGGAUGACAUUGCACAAAAGCCUGUGCUCUUGACAGUGAUAGAAGUGAUGCAAAAGGAGAAGAAAAAGAAGGAGAAGACCAUGCCCCUUGGCCAAGCCGUGGUGGACCUGCUCCCCCUGCUGCAAGGACAGUGUUCAUUUGAGGUCUUUGCUCCUCUGUAUGCGGUGCCUGCCUCUCCAUCCGAGAGCCUUCAGCCUGAGGCCAAGGGUGGCCUUGAAGUGACUGUGUCCUCCCAAGAGCCCUUGGUUCCUGCAGAGCAGCUUUCCAAUGGGAACCUCCUGAGUGUCACCCUGGAGGCAGUUUAUUCAGUCCCUGAAGCAUUUGGUCCUGCUGGACCCCUGCAAAGCUACAUGGUUUGUUUGCAAGUCCCAGCAGCUGGAGAGAGAGAGGCCCUCUUGCUCUUCAAGGAUGGUGUCCUGAAACCUGCUGGUGAGAAAGAGCCUUUACCCCGGCCCAAAAAAUGGCCCCUGACUAACAUCAUGGCCCCAGGAGCUCUGACCAUCCCCAACUCCUUCAUCACUGGUGGUCCCUAUGAGGAUGAGGAUGGAGAGCUCAACAAAAGAGAGGACAGGGAGUUCAGGAUGCAGGCAGAAACCUCCAGGAGAAUCAUCUGGGACAUGGAAAGACGCUGUUACCUGGACCCUGCUGCAGUUGCCACCCUGCAGCAGCGCGUGGCCGAGUGCCGCUGCUGGCCCGUGGAGAUCUGCAGGAUGGUCCUGCCCUCACCCAGCAAAGGGAAAACCAGCAAAGCUGACAAGGGAGAUGAGGACAAGCAGAUUUUCUUCCAUGGUGUGGCCUAUGUCAACAUGUUGCCUUUGCUGUGCCCUGGGGUGAGGCAGAUCCGAGGAGCUUUCCCUGUCUGCCCCUACCAUGACAGAGAGGUGUUGCUGAAGACCAAAAGCCAGCACAGUGUUUUGAGGGAUCUCAGGAGGAAGCUCAGUCAGAAUAAGGAAGGUCCAGGACUCAGUACCCCCCACUCCAGUGCUCUCAGCAAUGCUCAGAGAGAAGACAAAACCAACAAGGAGAAAGAUUCCAGCAGAAGGCAGUACAGUGAGGCAGGAACCUUCCUGCUGCUGGAGAUAAAGCUGGACAAGGCCUUGGUGCCCAAGCGGACCCGAGAGGAGCUCAGCGACCGGGUCAAGGAGCUGAUUCCUCCUCGCCCUUUGCUGCCUCCCCGGACCUCAGGAGCCAAGAUGGCUGUGGAGGGUUAUCACAACUGUGUCAGGAACCUGGCUGUUGCCAUCCUCAAGGAAUACCAGGAGCUCUUUGGGAAGCAGCUGCCUCAGUGGGGAGCAAUAGAGCCCCCCAACCUGGAGGAACAGAAGCUUCAGCUGAGCUGUGAGCUUGCUAGCUCUGGGAAGAAACUGGUUUAUAAGGAACAGCUCCAGUAUGCUGUCGUGAAGAUUGUGAGGGAGAAAUACCUAAAGAUCAUGGCAUUUGAGACCCAGGAGCAGCUCCAGGAAUUCCUCUGUGAGCUCAACGUGUACCUCAUGGACCAGAUGCACAUUGAUCUCAACCAGCUCCUCUCCCAGGAAGCUGUUUCUCCCUCCCCUCCCACCCCCCUGACCGAGGAGCAGCUCUGCCUCUUUGCUCAAGAAGCUGAGCUCGACAAGGACUAUGAGCUGGCAAACUUCUACCACCAACAGAGAUUAUCCCAGGACCAGCACAACAUCCAAUCCUGGCUGGACUAUGGAGUGUUCAACCUCCUGCUUGAGGACCCAACCAAAGCCCAGGAGUGCUUCCAGCAGGCUCUUUUUCUGGAUCCUCAUCACAUCCAAAGCUUGCUGCUCUGUGCUACUGUGGCUGCCAUGCUGCAGCACUAUGAAGAGGCAGAGAUUUUCUUUGAGAUGGCCUGCUCCUUGGAGCCACCCAGCACUGUGGCCUGGACUCUGUCAGGUUUGUUUUAUGAGCUGCAGGAUGACAGUACUCGGGCAGAAAUGGCCUUCAGGGAGGCUAGGAAGCUCCUGCAGGCACAGCUUGACAAGGAGAAGGGCAUCCCUGAGGGAGAAGGAGGGGAGGAGCAUGUUUCUGCUGGCUCUGUGGGCUCUCCCAGCCCAGACCCACCAGGUAACACUGGGCAGAGCCAGGAGGUGGCCAGGCACCAGCAAGGAGGGGGCUUGGAACAGUCCCCAAGCCCUGGUUCAGGACCUGGCCAACCUCCCUGCACCAUCUUCAUGAAGGCAGUGGAAUUCCUGGAGAAGGUCAAUGCCAUCCAGUUUCUUCACCAGGCACUUGCCCACGAGCUGCUGAACUUUGAGGAAGGUCCCUCCUGUGCCUACUACCUGGCCCUGGCCCACGCUUCCCUGCUGAGGGAGAAUUUCUCCAAAUGUGAGGAAUGUCUCCAUGAGGCCGUCAGCAUCGAGUACACGAAUCCCAAUGUCUGGGCUCAGAAGGGACACCUCUGCUACCUGAGGGAGGACUUUGCUGAGGCCAAGCUGUGCUAUGAGCAGACCCUGAGCUUCCUGGAGGAUGCUGUGGACAUGCACUGGGUCUGCCUGCGCCUGGGCUCCAUCUACCUGCGGGACAAACAGUACAAACAGGCCAAGCAGACCUACCUGCUCGCCUGCAAGGACUCAGCCUCCUGUCUCACCUGGCUGGGGGUGGGCAUCUCCUGCUACAGGCUGCAGGAGCUGGCAGAUGCAGAAGAUGCUCUCACUGAAGCCAAUGCCCUCAAUAACACCAACGCUGAGGUGUGGGGCUACCUGGCCCUGGUCUGCCUGCAGACAUGA